GACCCCCAAAUAAAUAAAAACCCCCUAGGGCCUGGCGGUAAUCUCAACCAAUGACGGUGUAGCUAUAUAAGAAAGCAUUGCUGAGAUCAAAGAGGAUCUUUAGUCAAUCCUUUUUGGAUUAAUUAGUGUCAUCGUUGGGUGCCAUUUAUUCACUUUAUUAUCGCCGUUACCUAUUCAAUGGAUCCAAUUAGAGACAUAAAGGAGUUAUCAAUCGAUCGGCAGAUCGAUGAUUUUACGACUCCACCGAAUAUUACAAUCAAUGAUCUUCCCGAUGAUUGCUUAAUCGAAAUUUUUUCGUAUUUGGAUAUUCUCGAAAGAUUGGAAAUGGAGAGAGUAUGCAAACGUUGGUCCAAAAUAAACAAGAGGGGCUGGCGAGACGUGAGGAUUCUUUGUUUGGCGACCAAACACCCAGACUGCACCAUCAAACAAGCCACGAAGGUUCUUCGGAGAUCAGGACGUCUUCUCACUUCCGUUAGACUCCCAGUUACUUAUGACAGAGCGGUUUACCUGCGAGUUAUCCAGAAAUACUGUCCCCAUAUCAUAAAACUCGAGCUCGUGUUCGAUUACUUGGCCUUUCGUCCUGUCCUUCACUGUUAUCGCAAGACCUUCUCCGCAUUGCUGGUAGCUCUUGAGAAGCUUAACUGGCUUGUUAUGGCGCAUAUCAACCAGGAGGUGGGCACCAAGCAGCUGCGGGUCGUGCCGUCAGGCCUCAAGAGACUCGAGAUGUCUGCCAACGUAGUGUUCGGCAUCAUCACUCCCUUUUAUGCUGAUCUUUCAAGAUUUACAAAUCUGCAAGCGCUGUCUCUGCAGUACUUCGUUAUUCGGAAAGAGAGUUUUGAAAGUCUUGAACAGCUGAGGAACUUGAAAGAGCUAAACCUAUCGUUCUCUUAUGUUUUUGACGGGGGCAUUGAAAAAAUCCAGAAUUUCGAGAAGCUUGAGAGGCUCGAGCUGGAGCAGAGGACAACGCAGAGUGUAGACCUGAAUAUAAUUGAGGAUUACCAUAUCACUCAUAUUGCAGAGCGCUGCCAAAGGCUGAAGAUGUUGAAAUUGAACGGACUGGUGCGGUUAACGGACCGCUGCUUCAGAACCAUAUCAACAUUGAAGCACUUGGAGGUCGUCCACAUGGAAAGUUUGCCACUAGUCACCAACAGGUCCAUUGUCAAAUUGCAUCAAGUCCAGACAUUGAAUUGCAGCUACUGCUCUGGGAUUGACCAUCAAGGACUGGGGCAAUUGAUAAAAAACUCUCAAAAUCUGGUGGAACUGGACGCUCGGGGGACUACAAACAGGGAGACAUUCUUUCAAGAUAUUGCUGACAUUAUCAUAAAUCGUAAUUUGGGACUGACAAUUAAUAUUGAGUGCAACGAAAAGUUCUUGUUCACACCAGGGAGGGUUCCAAUGUUCCAGGUCUUGGUUUAGAGAGAUUUUAAAUGCUCAGGGGAUAACUAGGUAAGAACGGCUUCUUCGAAGCAUUACCCAUAAUUAAUCUAAGCUCAAACAUUUGGGUUCAUUGACUGAUUAAUUCAUUUUCUUUAAUUAUUGAUGGGUAACAUAUUAAUUUUAUCCCAAUGACUGUGUAAUUAAAAAAUUAUUCUUGUGAUAACCGACGAAAAGGACAAUAAAACGCAUU